UGGUUUUAACCAGUAAGCAUCAUGACGGUUACACGCUGUGGCCGUCUUCAGCUUCCUUCAGUUGGAAUUCUAUGGAUAUCGGUCCAAAACGAGAUAUUAUUCGUGAACUUUCUUCCGCGAUUCGCAAAGAGACAACACUCAAGUUUGGUUUAUACUAUUCACUUUUCGAAUGGUUCAAUCGGCUAUAUAUCAAUGAUAAAUUGCAUAUAUUUUUGGAACAAAAUUAUGUAAAUAGAAAAUUGCGCCCAGAGCAAAUUGAAUUGGUAAAUGAGUACCUACCAGAAAUCCUAUGGUCAGACGGGGAUUGGGAGGCACCGUCGAAAUAUUGGAAGUCGGAAGAGUUUAUUGCUUG